AUGACAGAAAAUACCCUUCAAUUUCGCAUUGCGACUCCCGAAGAUGCGCCUGCAAUCCGGCAACUAGUCCAAGCCGCUUUUCAAGCCGCCGACACCCGUCAAGACUGGACUGCGGAUAUGGAUCUCAACAUCCGCUUCCGGUUGACAGUCGAGGAAGUCAUGCCUCGGAUCAUCAGUCCCGAUGGCGCAAUUGUGAUGGCCUUCGUCACUACCGACGACAAUGGCGACGAGAGUCUUGUAGCUUCAGUCGAAGUUGCAAAACGCAGCAACGAUCUCGCUCGUCUCUCCAUGCUGGCGGUAGACCAGCAACAUCAACGCGGCGGAAUAGGGCGUGAGAUUCUCGCCCACGCGGAAAGGUAUUGUCAGCAGAGAUGGGGAGUGACCAAGUUUGGGCUGGAUGCGCUCUCGACGCGCCAGGCGCUGAUUGCUUGGUACAUGCGUCGCGGGUAUCAGAAGACGGGCGAGACGGUGCCGUUCCCUGUGGAGAAGUUCAGUGAUUUGGCGUUGCCGGAGGAUUUGUGUUUUGUGCAGCUUGAGAAGGAUUUGAGUCUGUCUGCUUGA